AUGAUUGCUUUUUGGAGUCUUUUCCUGUUUUUUUCGGUCUCUUUGGCCAAUUCCUUUGACUUUGCUUGGAAGUCAUGUCCCAACUUCAAAGACUUUUCUACUAGAAAACACUUUCCCUUUGCCGGUUCCCUAAAGCUUCCCUUCCAGCGUCCUGUGCAAGCCUGUCGCACCUUUCAUUCCAAGGCUGUAGAACAAACGAUCGACGAUGUAAAGAGCCGUCUUGCUGAUGAGGACCUUGCUCGUCUUUUCGAAAAUUGCAUGCCAAACACCUUGGACACCACCAUACGCUGGCAUUCUGACCAUUCCGACCAUCCACAGACUUUGGUCAUCACCGGUGACAUUCCUGCUGAAUGGAUCCGUGACUCUGCUAAUCAACUUGCCCCUUACCUUCCUCUGGUAAAAUCCGAUCGUCCUCUUUCCAGCCUCAUAUUAGGUGCCAUUCAAACACAAGCUGAAAUGCUGAUCCAGUUUCCCUACUGUAAUGCCUUCCAGCCUCCAAAACAAAGCCACAUUGGCGGAAACGACAAUGGUCAAAGCGACCGCGUCACUCCAGCCUACGAUCCCCAGGUUGUGUUUGAAUGCAAGUACGAGCUUGACUCCCUUGCUGCCUUCCUCAAACUUUCUUAUAAUUACUGGCUUUACAGCAAAGACUCUUCUAUCUUUUCAGCUAAAUGGGUCUCUACCAUACAGGUAAUUUUUCGGGUUUUGGAAGAACAAUCCACUCCCACCUUUGAUGAGGAUACUGGCUUUCCCAAAAACCCCGUCUACACCUUCCUUCGUCAAACCGAUUCAGGAACCGAAACACUCGGUCUUUCUGGUCGUGGUUUUCCCCUCAACAAAAACUCUUCGCUCAUUCGAACCGCUUUUCGUCCUUCCGACGAUACAAGCAUUCUCCAGUAUCUUAUACCAGCAAAUGCCAUGAUGGUCGUCGAGCUUUCUCAUCUCCACGAGAUGCUUCAAGCUGCGGGUCACGCUGAUUUAGCCAAACUUGCCAUGUCUUGGGCCAGAAGAAUCUCAAACGGAAUCCGGGAACACGGAAUUGUCGAUCACCCCAAAUUUGGAAAAGUAUAUGCUUAUGAAGUAGAUGGCUACGGAAGUGCUAUUUUCAUGGAUGAUGCCAACAUUCCUUCUCUUCUUUCGUUGCCUUAUCUCGGCUACGUCGAACGCGACGACCCUGUUUACCUGAAUACAAGGAAAAUGAUUUUGAGCCCAGAGGGAAACCCAUAUUUCCUAAAAGGUACUGUCAUUUCCGGCAUUGGCGGCCCCCAUAUUGGUUUACGCAACGUUUGGCCUAUGAGUCUUAUUGUUCAAGCUUUCACUUCCGACGAUGACGAUGAAAUUCGUUCUUUAUUAAAUACAAUUAAGCAUUCUACCAAUUCUCUUGGUUUAAUGCACGAGUCUGUCGAUAUCACUUCUUUUGCACGUUAUACAAGAUCAUGGUUUUCUUGGGCAAACUCAUUAUAUUCCGAGCUUAUUUUAGAUCUACUUGAGAGGAAGCCUCAUUUGUUGAAGAAAAACCACUCUGGUUGA